AUGCGCUCUUCAACCCGAUUCAAUGGCCUGGGAGAGGCGCGUUAUACCUACUCGGUCCCGGUCGAGAUCGCGGAACGGGUUCUAUCGCACCUCGGCAAACCCUCUCUCGUCCGCUGUCUACGCGUCUCGCUCACCUUCCACCUCCUCGCCGCCCCACGCGUAUACCCUCUCAUGUACCGUAAUAUGUCCAUCAGUCCACCAAACACCAUCUCCUUCCUCUCGGAAAGCCACCAGCUGGUCAAGCGCCCUUUCCGGAAGAAUCCCACGCCCGAGGACCUCGCUCGGAUCGGUCGGAUCGUCGAUACCCUCCCCUGCCCCUUCGAUUAUAUCACCCAUCUCACCCUCUUCUCCCAUCGUCGGUCGGCAUGCUACUGCUCGGAUCCGCUCGUGCUGCCCGCUCUCGACACCCUUCACAUUCGGCCCAGCUGGUCCGAGACCGAGCUCCAUCUCUGCUAUGGCUGGCAUCUACCCAGCAACGCCGCCUGUCCGUCCUACACCCAGAGCCGCCAGCGCGCAUCGUCAUGCAGAUGUGCCGCACCGACUUGCUGUCCGCUGAUCACUCACCUUCGUCCUCGUCGGCUUAUCCUCGGAGGCGUCGCGAUCCCGACCGAUUUCACGGGUCAGGCCAAGGGCCUGUGGGAAUUCCUACCGUCCUCGAUCUCGGAACUCAUCAUCCUCGUCGGUAUGUUCAGCGGGUACGACCCAAACAUCUCUUCCCUUCCCUACAAGAUGCGGACAGUGGAGAGAAUCACGCUCGUCUUGGCGUGCGGAAACGAGGGAUGGCAGCGUAUGCGGGGAAAUGGUGAUCUGUCCGCCAUGGAGGAGAUAACCGAGCAGUGGGAUAGUGUACGUCUCGGGCACUGUUUGAUGGCGCUCUUGGCGGGAGUCGGGACGGAUAAGCGUCAGACGGUGGAGAUGAUCGGAGCGGAGCGGAUCGACCAAAACCCCAAUAUCCCCGUCGAUAGCGAGGACAUCGAGGAUUUCGCCGAGUAUAUCCGGACGGCCUUGGCGGAGGAGAUGGAGGAGCGGGGCUGGAGCAAGGCGGAAGCGCAAGAGAGGUCAGAUGCGAUCGAGUUUGGAGACGCGCCGGAGUGGGAGGAGCGGGAGGGCUGGUUUCGAGCUCAGAUGGACAUCUGGACGUUUGGGGCCCUCCAGGAGAAAUUCCGGGAUGUGCGCUGGUACGAGGAGGAGAGCGAGUCGGAUAGUGGCGAGGAGGGUGGGGAGGGAGGAGAAGUGGAAGGGAAGGGCAAGGAUGAAGGGGACGAGGAGUCUAUCGGGUCGGGUUCCCUGGGCGGAGAUAGAUGA